AUGACGGAUAAGCGCAAGGUGCCGAUCGAUAUUCAGUAUAAGCGGCUCCUCGAUGCACUGGUAGAUCGUCGCAUUGUCCCGACCAAGUGGCUGGAGCAACUCAAGCACAUUCGCGACGCCAUCGCCGCGCUGUAUCCGGAGCUGCCAUUGGCCAACGACCAGCUGUCGCAGUUUUGCACCAAUCAGAAAUCGAGGCACGAGACGCUCACGUAUUUCGACUGCAAGUUCAUUUUCCAGUGUCUUGAGCACUCGGAAGACGGUGCAGGAAAGAACUUUUUCGGGCAGUAUACGUCCCCUGUGCUCAAGCGUUGGAGUGUCCUGCUCCGCCAGUAUGAGAAAAACAAUGUCUUUGCGGCCGAAGCGGCGCGCAUUAUUGCGCAGAAUACGGCAUUCGAGAUUCCGUUUUUGAGAAAGUCGAUCCAGCAAGACGAGAAGCAGAUUGCAGACAACAAUCGAAAGAUGGCGGAUCUGACGAGAAGGAUUGCAGAGUACAAGCGCAAACUUGAGGCCUCGUGUGCUGACAUGGGCAUCGCGGGGGAGAACUUUCGUCAAGAACUGCGACGCUUGCCACUAGAAUUGCCAUUCAUAUUCGACCAAAUAGCAACGACAGUAUGUUGUGUCGAAAUUGAUGGUGCUAUCGAGUAUCAUCAGGCUCUCCAGAGUUAUCUGCACGACUGUGAGGUUCCCACCGUGAUAUCAUCAGCAGAGCUUGUAGCUUCGCCUUGUUCACAGAAGGGUACAAAGAGCAAGAAGAAGGGUAAGAAAACGGCUGAAGCGACUGAAGCACGUGAGACCACGACGGAGGAGCCGUUCGAGCUAGUUGUCAAGCCACACAUAUUUUUUGAUGCUCUUGCAGAACUGAAACAAGCCAGCGAAGAGCUGGUUGCAAUGAAUGCGGCAUCGGAUUAUGAAGUGGGGGUGGCAAAAAUCAGCUGGGACGUUUCGCCCGAAGAUUGUAAUAGCACGGCUAAUGCUGAUGUAAUCGACUGGGGUAUCGAAACGGUUGGGUCUGCUGAACCCGAUGCUGCAGAUGAAGAUGCGCCGGUCGAGAUUGACUGGGACAUCACAACUUUGGACGUGGUGGAAGCCGUGGGCACGGAGAACGACACUGAAGGAAGGGAAGUUGUAGAAGCGGUGCCAAGUGUACCAUCAACCACCCGUGUAGGGCUCCUGCAUGAAAGUGAAUUCCGCACACGUGUUCUCAAUGAUCUGCUAGAACUGCGAGCAUUCCUCCGCCAGCGGCGAAUUGAGCUAUCUGGGAGCGACUUGAUUGCCUUUGCAAACCAAUUCCAGGGCUAUUCUCCACUAUUGGAACAGCAGAGCUCAGUGCAAGUCGAGAAGUUCCAGGCUGCCGUGGACAAAGCUGUAUCUUUGCUGACCAGCAGACGCCUGCAGCAAUUGGUACUCAUCGAAACCUCGGAGCGAUAUUUGGACAGACACGUUGCAAGUCUAGAGAUGCUGACCAAGCACAUGGACAAAUGCCGCCGUGAGAUUCACGAUCUCGAGGACAAGAAUGUGAGCUUGUUGGAUGCCGCGAAGAACGCUCAGCUGCAGAUCAGUUCACUUAUUGCCACAACGAAGCAGUUGAAGAAGGAGCUGGAAGCUGCGCUACCGCCUCUCUUCAAGGGAUACAAAGUGAACAUCGUCGGUGAAGUCAACAGCCUCUAG